AUGGUGAAGGAGAACAGCACAAUGGUGACAGAAUUCAUCCUCCUUGGUUUGACCCAGUCUCAAGAGGCUCAGCUCCUGGUGUUUGUACUAGUCCUAAUUUUCUACCUCAUUAUCCUCCCUGGAAAUUUCCUCAUCAUCCUCACCAUCAGGUCAGACCCUGGUCUCACAGACCCCCUCUAUUUCUUUCUGGGCAACUUGGCCUUCCUGGAUGCAUCCUACUCCUUCAUUGUGGCUCCCAGGAUGCUGGUGGACUUCCUCUCUGAGAAGAAGGUGAUCUCCUAUAGAGGCUGCAUCACUCAGCUCUUUUUCCUGCACUUCCUUGGAGCAGGGGAGAUGUUCCUUCUUGUUGUGAUGGCCUUUGACCGCUAUAUUGCCAUCUGUCAUCCUUUACACUACUCAACUGUCAUGAACCUUAGAGACUGCUACUCCUUGUUGUUGGCUCUGUGGCUUGGGGGCUUUACUCAUUCCAUUUUACAAGUGGCCCUUAUUCUCUACCUGCCCUUCUGUGGCCCAAACCAGCUGGACAACUUCUUCUGUGAUGUGCCACAAGUCAUCAAGCUGGCCUGCACUGACACCUUUGUGGUGGAGCUCUUGAUGGUCUCCAACAGUGGUCUGCUCACCCUCCUGUGCUUUCUGGGGCUUCUGGCCUCCUAUGCAGUCAUCCUCUGCCAUGUAAAGGGGCACUCCUCUGAAGGGAAGAGCAAGGCUCUUUCCACGUGCACCACACACAUUAUCAUUGUGUUUCUCAUGUUUGGCCCUGCCAUCUUCAUCUACACUCACCCCUUCAGAGCCUUCCCAGCUGACAAAGUGGUUUCUCUCUUUCACACUGUAAUCUUUCCUUUGAUGAACCCUGUAAUUUAUACCCUUCGCAACCAGGAAGUGAAAGCUUCCAUGAGGAGGCUAUUGAGGCAGCACGUGGUUUGCUGA